AUGCUGGUAGACGCCAAGAUUGGUGCAGACAUGACCGCUCGGAAUUGGUGGCGUCAAGCCUGCGUCUACCAGAUCUACCCUCGCUCCUUCUACGACGCAAACGGCGACGGCAUUGGCGAUCUCAAGGGGAUUACCGCCAAGGUCCCCUAUCUCGCCGAGCUUGGCGUGGACGCCGUCUGGCUUUCUCCCUUCUACCCUUCUGCCCUCAAAGAUGGUGGAUACGAUGUCGCCGACUACCGCGAUGUCGACCCUCGCAUCGGUACCCUUGCCGACUUUGACGAGAUGAUGUCCGCGUUCAAGGCCAAUGGAAUUAAGAUCAUUGUCGAUAUCGUCCCGAAUCACUCAAGCGAUGAGCACGUCUGGUUCCAGGAAGCACUGAAGAGCCCAAAGGGAAGCAACGCCAGAUCUCGCUAUAUCUUCCGAGACGGCCUCGGACCCGACCACUCCCUCCCACCCACAGACUGGCAAUCCAACUUUGGCGGCCCCGCCUGGGAACCCGUCGGGGACGGUCAAUUCUACCUCCACAUCUUCGACACCUCCCAGCCCGACUUUAACUGGGAACACCCCGAGGUCCGCGCCGAUUUCCUCAAGACCCUUCGAUUCUGGGCCGACCGCGGCGUCUCGGGCUAUCGAGUCGACGUCGCGCACGGUCUCGCCAAAGACCUCGAGUUCCCCAUGAGCCACAAGGAUCAGCACGCGCUUCAUCUCGAGAAGUUACAUGAUGGGAAGGCGAACAAGAUCCACCCGCUUUGGGACAGGGAUGAGGUGUUGAAUAUAUACAAGGAGUGGAGGAAGGUGUUUGAUGAGUAUGAUCCGCCGCUCACCGCUGUCGCGGAAGCAUGGGUCGCGUCCGAUCGGAAACGCCUCUACGCCUCAUCCGAGGGUCUCGGCCAGUCUUUCGCCUUCGACAUGCUCAUGUGCCCUUUCAAGCGGGACGACUUCAAGGACAAGAUCGAUCGGAGCCUGGCGGACGUCAGGGAGUCGGGCAGCUCCACCACCUGGGUCUUCUCGAAUCACGAUGUUAUUCGCCAUGCCACUCGCUAUGGGCUCCCGCAAGAGAUCGCUCCAGGGGACGAUACCGAGCUCCUACACUACUACCCCAAGUUCCUCCUCUCGGGCGGCAAAGAUCCGGCGUGCGACCUGGCUCUGGGAUUGAGGCGGGCGCGGGCGGCGACACUCAUGAUGCUCGCUCUCCCCGGUUCGGCAUACAUCUACCAGGGCGAAGAGCUCGGUCUCCCCGAAGUCCCUGAUAUCCCUGCCGCUUCCCGCCAAGAUCCCACGUUCUACCGUACCUCUGGCCGUGAGAUUGGGCGAGACGGCUGCCGCGUCCCUCUUCCCUGGCUCGCCUCUGCCCCCAACUUCGGCUUCGGUCCCGCAGACGGCAAAGACGCGCAUCUGCCCCAGCCGGCCUGGAUGGGCGAUUACGCGGUCGACGCGGAGGAGCAGCGCCAGGGGUCGACGCUGGGCAUGUAUCGGAAGGCGCUCAAGCUGAGGAGGGAGCUGCAGACCAAGGAGGAUAUGGAGUGGAUCGUGAACGAGAAGGAGGUGUUGCACUUCAAGAGAGAGGGAGGGUGGGAGGUGAUCAUGAACUUUGAGGGGGAGGGGGUUGACGUGCCUGAGGGGGCGGAGGUGUUGGUGUGCAGUGGGGCGGAGGGGCUAGGCGAGGGUGGCGAGGUCCCGAAGAACACGGCGGUGUGGUUCAGGCGUUGA